AUGGACGUUACGGAAACGGACAAGAAGAGAACCGCCGAGGUGGUCCACCGCGCGCGAAAAGAGCACGUCGAGCAGAUGCUGCUCAUGCCUCGCGAAAUGGGAGGCAUCGGCCUUGACUUGGCCGGCGUGGCUGGGAUGAUCCACCGAGCCCAAAACGAUGUCUGCAAGGUGAUGCUCCAAAAGGGAAUUACUCCUGACAAGGUGGGCCACGAGUUCUUCGAGCUCAUGGCCUGGAAGCAUAUGUUUGGCAUCCUUGGCCGCCCGUUUCCUUGGGAAGCCGCGAUCGCCCGCGCCAUCAUGGACGAGGAGAGCCCUCGGUCCCCAAUUUAUGCCAGCUAUUGGAGGGAGAGCGACCAGCGCCAUCGGCUCGAAAGCCUGGGAGGACCCUCCGCGCUGGAGGUCCCCAACACUGCGCCGGCCGCCCGCGCAGAACCUGUUACGGAGGCUAAGACGCCUGCCCCCGCCCAGCAGUCACCUGAGCCAGAGACGGGCCUGAUCGAUGUCCCCGUAUCCGACAACAAGAAGUUCUUCAUGGCCCAGGGCACCCCGCGCUCCGAGGAACAGGACGAUGGGCUUCCAGAAUAA